AUGAAAUUUUGUGUGAUUAAUUUUAUGCUCAAAACAUAAAAACAAACAACACACAAUAAUGCUUUCAGAAUGAAGCCUAACAAGCAGAUAGGAACAUAACAGACUCUUAAGGGUCAUACAAAAUGUUUUCAUUUUUGUGAUUCUAUUAAAUGUGAUUUGCGUUUCUCUCUUUAUCAAAGUUGAUUUUUCAUAUAAAGGAGGACAAAAAGCACUUUAUAAUCUUACAGACCAAUACAUAAAGAUCAUAUUUAUGAGAAACACAAUGAGGGUUAUCAUUUGUAUGUGGGAGCACGAAUUUUUCAUAGAGGUGGGAUUUCAAGAACCUGUUAUUGAAAUCAAAAGGAAGAUAGAACAACUUCUGGGUGUUGCCAUUGCUGCACAAAGUCUAACAGUGUCUGGUAUUGAGUUACUAGAUGGACUCGACAUGGAAGAUUAUCCGAUUGUCACUGAAGGUACCAAGAUUGACCUCACCAUCAAAUCCAUGGAACCUUUAGUGAACCAAUAUUGUUCCUGCAAAAUCCAGAUUGUGGUAAAAUUUUCAGCCAGACAGCAUUACAUAGAGGUGGACAAAACAGAGACAGUACGAAGUCUAAAAGAGAAAAUCCACAUCGUUGAUGGAACCCCCAUCAGAAGAAUGUCACUCUUCAUUUCUGGAAAAGAAAUGGAGGAUGAUUUUCGCAAUUUGAGUGAGUAUGGGAUAUGUGAAUUCUCAGAGAUUCAUGUGUUCCUGAAGAAUGUGAAUCGUAUGAAGGAUAUUGAACCAACCUCGAAGAGCUUGAGUCUAGUGGUGCAGACUUCAUCAAGUCUGCUUGAUGGUGCCAGUAUCCCUUUGGAAAUGAUAGACUCGAGCACUGUUAAUGAGCUUAGGCAAUUGCUCUUGAGCAGGAAGGUUCUUCCAAUGGAUGAUUACUUGUUCAUACACAGGCAAAGGAUUAUGCGUGACAACUGUAGCCUCAGGUGGCAUGGUGUGGAAGAUGGAGAUAUCCUGUAUGUUUUUAAAGGAACCAUCAUUCGCAGUGAAAGUUGAUCCACCAGUCUUCUAUCAGAAAAAGUUCCAUGGGAAAUUUAGUAGGCACC